CUCCUCUUGGUGCGCGUCGACCGUGGCCGCGGCUGCUACGACGGGAGCCCAGGGGCCACGGAGGCCGUUAGAGCAGACGAGCAUCCCGGCAUCCCAGUCCCAGGCGGCGUGGCCCGCGGGACAUGGCCAAAGGAGAAGGUGCCGAGAGCGGCUCCGCGGCGGGGCUGCUGCCCACCGGCAUCAUCCAAGCCAGUGAGCGCCCCGCGCAGGUGAAGAAGGAACCAAAGAAGAAACAGCAGUUGUCCGUUUGCAACAAGCUCUGCUAUGCAGUUGGAGGCGCCCCUUACCAGGUGACAGGCUGUGCCCUGGGCUUCUUCCUACAGAUAUACCUGCUGGAUGUGGCUCAGGUGGACCCUUUCUCUGCCUCCAUCAUCUUGUUCGUGGGCCGAGCCUGGGAUGCCUUCACGGACCCUCUGGUGGGCUUCUGCAUUAGCAAAUCCUCCUGGACCCGCCUGGGCCGCCUCAUGCCCUGGAUCAUCUUCUCCACGCCCUUGGCCAUCAUUGCCUACUUCCUCAUCUGGUUCGUGCCCGACUUCCCACAGGGCCAGACCCUUUGGUACCUGCUUUUCUAUUGCCUCUUUGAGACACUGGUCACGUGUUUCCACGUCCCCUACUCGGCUCUCACCAUGUUCAUCAGCGUAGAGCAGAGCGAGCGGGAUUCAGCCACUGCCUACCGGAUGACAGUGGAGGUGUUGGGCACAGUGCUGGGCACAGCAGUCCAGGGGCAAAUUGUGGGCAAAGUGAAUUCGCCUUGUCUCCAGGAGCCCAAUGGCUCUGCAGUGGCCUUGGAAAGUGCCAACUGGACGCACAGCACCACCUCGCUCAGAGAAACGCAAAAUGCAUACCUGCUGGCAGCAGGGGUCAUCGCCUCCAUCUAUGUCAUCUGUGCUGUCAUCCUGAUCCUGGGCGUGCGGGAGCAGCGAGAACCCUGUGAGGCCCAGCAGGCUGAGCCCAUGUCCUUCUUCCGGGGCCUCCGGCUGGUCAUGAGCCAUGGCCCGUAUGUCAAGCUUAUCGCUGGCUUCCUCUUCACCUCCCUGGCUUUCAUGCUGGUGGAGGGGAACUUUGCUCUGUUUUGCACAUACUCCUUAGGCUUCCGCAACGAAUUCCAGAACCUACUCCUGGCCAUCAUGCUCUCGGCCACCUUCACCAUUCCCAUCUGGCAGUGGUUUCUGACCCGGUUUGGCAAGAAGACGGCCGUAUACGUGGGGAUCUCAUCUGCAGUGCCAUUUCUCAUCUUGGUGGCUGUCAUGGAGAGUAACCUAAUCGUCACAUAUGUGGUGGCCGUGGCAGCUGGCAUCAGUGUGGCAGCUGCCUUCUUACUACCUUGGUCCAUGCUGCCCGACGUUAUUGAUGACUUCCACCUGAAGCAGCCCCGCUCCCAGGGCACCGAGCCCAUCUUCUUCUCCUUCUACGUCUUCUUCACCAAGUUCGCCUCUGGCGUGUCGCUGGGUAUCUCCACCCUGAGCCUCGACUUUGCUGGGUACCAGACACGUGGCUGCUCCCAGCCGAGGAGCGUCAAGUUUACGCUGAACAUGCUGGUGACCAUGACGCCCAUAGCCCUCAUCCUGCUGGGCUUGCUGCUCUUCAAGCUCUACCCCAUCGACGAGGACAGGCGGCGGCAGAACAAGAAGGCGCUGCAGGCUCUGAGGGACGAAGCCAGCAGCUCCGGCUGCUCUGACACAGACUCCACAGAGCUGGCCAGCAUCCUCUAGGGCCUCUUGGGCUGCCCAAAGCCACCACGCAGAGGGCCUGGGUCUCCAGGCCACACAAGGGACCAGUACCUGUUUGUACACUUGCUGAGCAGCUGGCCUGCAGGUGCCCGAAGGGAACAGAAGACUCCAGAGCGAGCGACCCAGGACACCGCCGGUGCUCCCUGAAUGGCCGUCGGUGCUCCCUGAAUGGCCGUCGCUGGCUCCCCUCCGCCUGCCUCGGGGCCAAGCCCUGGGCUGCUACUGUGACUAUGCCGAGGACUGCUGGGGCCUAGCCCAGAACACUAACGCAGACACGUUUUAUACAGAGACUAAUUAAUAACUUAAUGACUGUGUACAUAGCGAUGUGUGUGUAUGUAUAUGUCUGAGCUAUUAAUGUUAUUAAUUUUCAUAAAGCCUGG